AUGACUGGCUCAUCGGUGACUAGCUCCAAGAAACCCAGUGUUCUCAGGCGCGGGUUUGAACUUUGGCAGCAUUAUUUUCCUUGUGAUAAGAUAUUGGCUCGAAGAAUAGCGAAAUCCACAAUAAACUCCACGGUGGCCUUUAUCUUCUGUCUUAUACCUAAAGUCAGGGAGAGGAUAGGUACAGAACCAGCGAUGCUGCCGCUCAUUUCAGUUAUGGUUCAUCCUGGGAGACGCGUAAGUGGUACCAUACAGGGCGCUAUUUACUGUCUCACAGGGUUGGUUUUUGGAUUAGCUUAUUCCUUGCUUGGGAGGUUUUUGGCUCAACGAUGUUUGGGCAGUACUUGGCAUACGUUGACGGAAUUACAGCAAUAUGCCGUGCAUUACAGAGGAUACGAGGCGGGCUUAGCAAUAAUGGCAGUUUUCGAGACGCUGAUGCUUUUUUUUCACGGUUGGAUGAGAUCGGUAUCUCAUCACUAUUUUGGUAUCGUCUUUCCCCUUUUUCUGGUGGUUCAUUUCACCUUCAUGGCACCGCUCACUGAAUCAGCAGCUGUCAUUGCGGACUCCUUCAGUACCCCUUUUUAUUUAGGCAUUGCCAUGUCGAUUUUUUGGAAUUUAACUUUGUUCCCUGAGUUUGGAAGUACUUUUUUGGGUAAUCAAACCGUUGGAACUUUUAAUGACAUCCACAAAGCAAUUGACGAUUCGAUUAAUUUCUUCAUUUCUUUGAAUUGCACGGGAAAUGACUCCUUAUACUCGGAACCACCCGUUUCACUUUCCAAAUUGCUGAAGAUGAAGACUGCUAUUGAUAAGAAAAUCGGCAACUGUCUCAUUGUUUUAGAAGAAUGCAUCUACGAAAUAUCCUAUUCGUAUCUUUCACCAACACAGCUGAAGCCAAUUAUAAAACUACUAGAACCGUUAGGCAUGUACAUUAAUGGUUUAGUCAACGCCUGUCAACUAGAAUUUGUGUUACUAGGCAAGCAGCAAUAUAUGGAGGGUGAUAUAAUGGCCAUUCAUACAGACAAAGAGAUUGUUUAUGCAGAUGCCGAUAAUCUCGUCAAAAUUUUGGACAGACUGAGGGCACCCAUCUAUGGAUUGCAUAAAUCUCUCAGUGAAUGCAUAUACUUGGUGAAAUUAAUCAUAUCAUAUGCAUAUGACGUUGAUCUGGAUAAAGUCAAAUUGCCUAUAAUUUUCCCGGAUGGAGAUUUUGUCGCAUAUGAGCACAAGAAAGAUUUACCCAAGGACUUCGAUCUUGAGGAUAGAAUUAUCAAACUGACCGAAGCAUUGAUAGAAUUUGAUCUAAAUUUUAGAGAAGAGAUGAUUGGACUAGAUAUUGAUGUCACAUCUACCAGUGAUGAAAUGUUCUUGCUUUCCUCGUUUCUGAUGAAUUUUAAGGAAUGUACAAACUCCGUUAUUGAGAUUAUGAAGGACGUCAAUGAUGUUUACAAAAUUAGGAAAACAAGGGAAAGCAAAGGAUGGUUGCGUGGAAAAUCAUUUUGGCUGAUUUUUCUAAAAAACUAUGGCUCGUUCAAAACAUGGUUCAAGGGCAGUCAUUACAGGACCAACGUCAUUACGGAAAAUGAAAGUUUGAAAGGUACCAUCGAUGGCGAUCAAUAUGGAAAAUUGGGUGUUUUGGCAGUCAGAAGGCCCUCUCAAGAGGAAGAUGAAUUGUUAUCUCAGAAAAUGGAAACAAACCUUGAUGCUGAUGGUAAGCAGGGUAUCGGUGGUCUUCCAAUCACCAAGCAGCACGCUGAAUCGUCGACAUAUUUGAGCAACCAAAAAAAUGCAGGUUUCGCUGAGCGGUCUUCGCUUUAUCUAACACGGACUUUGCUUUGGUGGGAUCAAUUCUGUAAGAAAAAUUCCAGUCAUUUCAGAUUUGGGUUUCAGGUAGCCAUUGCAUUGAUGCUCGCCUCGUUCCCUAUGUUUAUUCCUAAAACAAGACACUGGUAUGUACAAUACCGUGGUACAUGGAUUGGUUUCGUUUGCAUUUUGUGCCUCGAACCCUCUGUGGGGGGAACGUUUUGGGUUUUCUUUUUGCGUGCAGUUGGUGUUAUCAUUGGGGCAGCAUGGGGUUAUCUUUCUUAUGUUGCUGGUGUGCACCAAACCAAUCCUUAUUUGGAGACUGUUAUUACAAUAUUUGGCGCUGUCCCUGGAUUCUACUUUCUUCUGGGAACCCCUUACGUUAAGGCGGCAAUUAUCCAAAUCAUUAGUAUUUACAUUGUGAUGCUUGCAGCUAUCUUGCCAUCUCCUAUAGCUGGUGGCAUAUUAUCAAGUUUUGCCAAAAGAUGUCUUGCUGUCGGUUACGGUGGAGGUGUUGCCCUCAUUGUUCAGGUGUGCUUCUUUCCAAUCAAAGCUCGUGAGCAAUUGAAUCAAGAAAUCGCAUUUGUAUGUGGAUGUAUCUCAGAAAUGGAGCUUCUAUACGCUACUGGCCUCGAGGGUGAAACGGUCAAGGUUUCUUUAUCCGAAGAGAAAUAUUCCCAGUUCGCAAGAAUUUCACGAAGCGCCAAGGCUGCACUGGCGAGAGCAGAUGCUUAUAAAGGUCUAACUAGACAAGAGCCUAGAUUGAAGGGUGAAUAUACGCAAUUGGAGAGCGUGUUCACUCAAAUUAUUUUCGUGCAAAGGCAAAUUGUAGAUAGAAUGGAUAAUGCAGCAUUGUUGCGGAAACAGUACGGUAGCGGGGUGAUUGAAGAAAUGAAUGACGUAGUGUUUCCCUAUAGGAGGCAAAUGGUUGCAAGUUUUUCCUGCUUAAUGCGAGCUAUGCAGGAAGCUUUUCUAAAUAAAACACCACUUCCUCAAUUUCUACCCAGCGCCAGAAUAGCGCAGAGAAGACUUAUUAAUAUCGUUAGCAGAGUGCUGCGUAAUAGAUACAAAAGUCGUUUGGAUUCAUUGAGACCAAAACCAGUAUCAGAUGUAUUUCGCGACGAUGAAGAUAGUGAUAUCGACGAGGGCAUCCUCCUAAAGAGCAGACGAGACAGUUCUAGAGUUAUAUUACGUCCUCAUGAGUAUACACUAAAAGAGAAAUUUCUUAGUUGGAGUGCUUCAAGUUCUGCUGCUGAAGAAAUCAUUGAAUACAUUGAAGAAUUGUUAGAUCUAACAAAAAUUCUGAUUGGUAUAAAUGAAUUUAAAUACGGUUUUUUAUCACGGCCGCUAUAUGAGGACUGGGCGGCAGAGGCAGCAAGAGGUUUUGACGAAUUCAUCAAGGGAAAAAAGCCAGAUAAGGCUACAAAAGACCACAGAUCUUUUGACUUGAAUCCUGCAAUUUCAGAAGGUGAGGAAUCUAUGACUGGAAGUUCCAUUUCUACGGCUGGUUACGAACAGCCUGUCGAAUAUAACUCGGAAGCAGCAGGGGAUAAUACAGUGAAUUUGGCUCGUAUUGCAUCACAUAAAGCAGGUCAAAAUAAUGAUGGAUUGCCUGAGAAGUUUAGAAAAAGAGCGUUCUCUAUAGGAUCGAUAAUGCGCGAUGGUUUGUACAAGAGUAAAACUUUGGGUGAUGCCGACUCCAGCUAUUAUAAUGAAGACGAUGAUACUUCCGACGAAGACCUUCCCCUUGCUUUAAAAAGAAUCGUAAGCCAAAAAAGUCACAGCAGCAAGAAAAAUCCAUCUCAAUGA